AUGGCCGAAAGAACCCCAGCUACAUUUGACUUCAUCAUCGUGGGUGGUGGAACAGCCGGAAACGUCGUCGCCGGCAGGCUAGCAGAGAACCCCAAUGUGAAGAUACUCGUGAUAGAAGCUGGAGCUGGUAACCCUGACGACAUUUCCAUGAUCACGACGCCUGCCAGGGCCUUUGAACUCCGAAAUAGCAAAUAUGACUGGUCAUACCAAACAACCUUCGUCGAUAAGCCAGACUACGAGCGCCUCGAGAAACCCAACACCCGCGGGAAGGUGCUUGGUGGUAGCAGCUGUUUGAACUACUUUACCUGGGUUCGCGGUAGUAAGGAAACGUUCAAUUCGUGGGGGGAGUACGGCGGGGACGAGUGGACAUGGGAGAAGUGCGAGCAAUAUUUCCAAAAGCCUGCUUCGUACCAUGAUGACGAUAAAGUCUACAAUCCGCCUUUUACUGAGAUCGGCCGGAGCGGUCCAAUCCACGUCUCCCAUGCAAAUUUGCUCCCAGAGACUCGUGCUUUUCGAGAUGCCCUGACGAAAGCAUGGACUAGCAAGGGCCACAGAACUAAUGAAGGCAUAUACAACGGUAACUGGAAGGCCUCGCCCACUGCAUCAGCACCAUCUACAACGGUGCUCGUUGCAACGAAGAUCAACUUCGAAGGCGAUACUGCCGUUAGCGUGACUGUUGUAGGGGCUGACCACAACGAGGUCACAGUCACAGUGAAAGCAAGCAGAGAGAUUAUCAUUGCAGGGGGCGUUUUCGAAACGCCCAAGCUUUUGCUCCUCUCAGGCAUCGGACCCAGACGUGAGCUGGCUCGUCACGGUAUUGGGCCUGUGAUAAUUUCUCCACAUGUGGGCGAGCAUCUUCUCGAUCAUCCCAUUCUUCCUCAUGUUUUCAGGUUGAAGGACGGCCUUGGUCUGGAUCAUUUCCUUCUUCGUGAGGGACCUGACCAUGAUGCUGCGGUGGAGCAGUACAACAAGGAUAGAACGGGUCCGCUAGCUAGUGGUCUGCUGGAGAUGAUUGCCUUUCCACGUAUUGACGAGCGACUCGAACAAUACGAAGCAUAUCGCCAAGCGAAAGCAAGCAAUGGAGGCAAGGAUCCUUUCGGGCCGGAAGGCCAACCUCAUUUCGAGAUUGACUUUGUUCCCAUGUUUUGUGACGCAUUCCAAUGGCACUUCCCCAUUCCGCCGGAGGGAGACUGGCUUACCGUCAUCGUUGAUCUCCUCCGCCCACAGUCGAGGGGUGGAUAUGUCAGACUCAACUCAGUCGAUCCACGCGAACAACCAGAUAUCAAUCUGAACUACUUCUCUGAUGAACUGGACAUCCUGGCUCUGCGAGAGGGUGUCCGAUUUAUUGAUGACAUCCUAACGGACGGCAAUGUGAUGAAAGACCUCAUUGCCGAGGACUAUCCCUGGCCCAUGCCGCGUGAAUCCAAUGAAGAGAUGAAUCAGAUGAUUCUGGAUCGGGCACAAACUGGAUAUCAUCCCUGCGGCACUGCCAGACUCUCUCGGGACAUUGAACAGGGUGUGGUGGAUCCUGAACUAAGAGUUCAUGGGGCCAAGAGACUUCGCAUUGUCGACGCGUCUAUUGUCCCCGUUAUUCCAGACUGCCGGAUUCAGAAUGCGAUUUACAUGAUUGGAGAAAAGGGGGCCGAUAUUAUCAAGGCUGCUCAUCCGGACAUCUAUGAGUAA